UUUGCUCACCCCUCGGAGUCAGUUGCCCAGGGAAACAAGCUGGCGAUGUCACAAGGCAUCCAUUUCCUAAGUUCCCUUCUGUAGAGCCUGAGUCAGAGCCCAGUCCUGCACGCUGACUCGCCCAGCCAUGUCUCAUCCUAAUCAUGGCAGAGCAGGAAAUUUUACCCUCUCCCAGCAACGUCUAAAGUCAGUUUUUCAGGAAAGGAGCUUAAAACAGAACCAAAUUCAGCCGGUGUUGGAACUCUCAGUUCCAGAGGGGUGUGGUUUAUAGCUCACAGGCCUGCUGUUGGACUUCAGCUCUGACCCACAGAAGGACGCCAGAAACUACUCAAGACAUUCACCGUGCGCCGGUCAGCACUAGCCAUGACGAAGACUUCUACAUGCAUAUACCACUUCCUUGUUCUGAGCUGGUAUACUUUCCUCAAUUAUUACAUCUCACAGGAAGGAAAAGACAAGGUGAAACCCAAAAUCUUUGCAAAUGGUGCAAGGUGGAAAUACCUGACGCUGCUUAAUCUGCUCAAGAGCAGGACUGCUGGGUUUGGCAUCUACCAGCCAGGAAGCUUUAGGCAGCUCUUGCAGACCAUUUUCUACGGGGUCACCUGCCUGGAUGAUGUGCUGAAAAGAAUCAAAGGGAGAAAAGACAUUAAGUUCCUAACUGCCUUCAGAGACCUGCUUUUCGCCAUACUGGCUUUCCCUGUAUCCACAUUUGUAUUUUUGGCAUUCUGGAUCCUCUUUCUCUACAAUCGAGAUCUCAUUUACCCCAAGGUCCUAGAUACUGUCAUCCCAGCAUGGCUGAAUCAUGCAAUGCACACUUUCAUAUUCCCCAUCACAUUGGUUGAAGUCGUCCUCAGGCCUCACUCCUAUCCAUCAAAGAAGACAGGGCUCACCUUGCUGGCUGCCGCCAACAUUACUUACAUCAUCCGGAUCCUGUGGCUCUACUUUGAGACAGGUACCUGGGUAUAUCCUGUGUUUGCCAAACUCAGCCUCGUGGGUCUAGCAGCUUUCUUCUCUCUCAGCCACAUCUUCAUCGCCAGCAUCUACCUACUUGGAGAGAAGCUCAACCACUGGAAAUGGGGUGACAUGAGGCAGCCACGGAAGAAGAGGAAGUGAUUGCACACCGUUUUCCAAGAACCAAGAAGGAAGAAAACACAAGAGAUUUUUCUCAUCUUUUUUUUUUUUUUUUCUGAUGGAGGGAGGUGGUGGAGCAACAUAGGAAAUCAGGAGGGACAGAGAGUGAUACUUAAAUUUAAAAAGAGGUUCGUGAAGGGAGCUUAACUUGAGAACUCUUGGUUUUUUGAAAGGUUGACUGUACAUGCCAAAAACAACUCCUGCCAUCUGAGAAUUGAUGACCUUUGACCUUCACGGAGGAUGGUCUCUGGUUAAAACCUGGCCAAAGAAACUCACAUAAACUUGGUGUUAGAGAACAUCUAGAGAGAGAGAGAGAGAGGAACUUAGAGUCAUUUAAACUCUUCAGUUUACAGAGGAGGAUGCUGAGGACCUAGAUAAGAAGUUACCUGCACAAGGCAAAAGGGUUACUUAGUGUCAGAACCAGAGCAAUGGCUUCUGUCUCCCGGAUCUCCUAGCUACCAGUCCUGGGCCUUUUUUUUUUUUUUAAUAAUACCAAUUUUCCUUUAAAAACCAAGCAUUUCAGUAAGCUAGUUAUUUUCGUGGAUUGCUCAUCCAUUUUUUUUCAAUGAUCUAAAAAUGUAGGGUGAUAGCUACUACUGAAGUUGUCUGUCUACUUGGGAUAAUAGCAAAUUAAUUGGAGACAAUGGGAAAGUAAGUUAUAAAAAAUACUGGGAAAUCUGUUUCUCUUCUAAGCAAGCGUUCAGGGCAGGUAUUAGUGACAUUGUCAAAACCUCUUCCAUUUGAUCACUGAUUAAUUCAUCAAAUAAAUGGUGUAUUAAUACUUUUACUUGCACAAGAAUCUGGAUGGGAAGUGAUAGAAUUUUGAGAGCUGUUGAGAUUGCUUUGCUACAAAGCACUUUUCUGAAUGAGUGUGUGUUUUAACAAAGCUGAUUUUCAGAUGCUUAACAAGGAUUCAUGAUCCCUCCUGUGA